AUGACCGUGUUUAAUGUCACCUCCUUCUAUCCAACCUUCUUCAUCUUUGUGGGAAUUCCUGGCCUGGAAGCUUCACAAUGUUGGAUUGGCAUUAUCUUCUGCUCAUUCUAUAUCAUCUCCUUGUUGGGGAACUUGACAUUAAUUAUUGUGAUCCCAUCAUCUCCAAGACUGAGGGAACCCAUGUUUAUAUUUCUCCUGUUUUUAUCAGCCAAUGAUGUCCUUCUGAGUACAAGCUUAACACCUAAAAUGUUGUCAAUCUUCUGGUCCAUUUCCAAAUCCAUCCUUUUUGAUGCCUGUCUUCUCCAAAUGUGUUUCCUGCACGCCUUCUCAAGCUUUGAAUCCGGACUACUAGUAGCUAUGGCAUAUGACCGGUAUAUUGCCAUCUGCAAUCCUCUCCGUUAUUCCUCCAUUAUCAAUGACAGAUUUAUAGUCAAAGUCAUUAUUUUUCUUUGUAGCAGAGCGGUUAUUCUGAUUUCUCCAGGUCCCUUUUUAAUCAAGAGGUUUCAUUCAUUUAAGACCAAUAUUAUCGCCCAUUCUUACUGUGAGCACAUGGCAGUAGUGAAACUGGCAAAUGGUGACAUUAGGGUGAAUAGUGCAUAUGGAUUGAUGGUAGCUUUUUCAAUCCUUGGCGUUGAUGUGAUACUAAUUGUGUUAUCCUAUUGUAUUAUUUUUCAUGCAGUUUACAGCCUUCCAUCUAAAGAAGCUCGACUUAAGGCAUUUAACACAUGCACACCCCAUAUGUGCGUCUUUUUCAGUUUCUAUGCGCUGGCCAUUUUCUCCUUUUUAUCUCAUCGCUACGGUAAACUGAUCCCUUCCUACGUUCAUAUUAUUCUAUCGGACACCUACAUUCUUAUUCCAUCCAUGCUAAACCCUCUGGUUUAUGGUUUGAAGACCAAACUCAUUCGAGAACAUGUGUGGGUCAUUGUCCAAAACAUCAAAGAGUUCUCGAGGCACUGA